GUAGAGGGAAAGGGUGUGGAAAUCCCCCUAUUCUCCUCCUCCUCUUCAUCGCCUGCUGUAAAUGCUAGCCAUGGAGACGGAAGAGAAAUAAGGAAGGAAGCGUUACGGGGAUAGAGAUUGGUGUACAGAAGUGCCAGGUCGUGGAGACUGUGUGCAUGAAAAGAGUUGGCUGAUAUAGACCCUGGUGUGUGAGAAAGCCAGAUCAUGAGUCACUACAUUGUCUGUUUGCAAGGCCCAGCCCCAUGGGGCUUCAGACUUCAGGGGGGAAAAGACUUCAACAUGCCCCUGACCAUCUCCAGGCUGUCGGAAGGUGGGAAAGCUGCCCAGGCAAGCAUCGAAGUCGGGGAUGUGGUUCUGUCCAUCGAUGGGGUCAGCACUGAUGGAAUGGUUCACCUAGCAGCUCAGAAUAAGAUCAAGGCAUGCACUGGAUCCUUGAAACUCAGCCUGCAGAGGGCCUCUCCUGCUCCAAAACCAACUGCAACAACAGUUCAGAAGGACGAGCCCCGGGAAAUAACACAUACUAUGCCUGUUGCAUCUGUUGCUCCUCUGGCGCCAAAGUUCCCAUCUGCAUCCAGCUCGGCCUACAAUAUGACGGCCCGUCCUUUUGGAGCCUCAGCGUCUCCAAAGGUCACGCCUACAUCUGCAUCACCCCAGCCUGCAGCCUUUUCCCCAGCUUCAUCACCCAUCACUCAGCCUCCGCCUCCAUCACUGGCAUCCACUCUCAAUAAUUCCGCUCCCCCACCAUCAGUGCCUGUUGCAUCUCCACAGCAAACGCAUGCCAGUUUCAAAGCUGGUGUCAAUGGGCACACGCCACCGGUCACCACUGCUAAACCGAAAAUAACCUCAUCCAUUAAUGUCCCACGGCAGUCCAAGGCGUACAACACGCCCAUAAACCUUUACUCCUCUGACACUGCCCAUGAGGUGGCAGAGGGACAGAAGAGAGGACUGAGAGAGGGGCAGAGCGAUGUCAAGCAGCAGAAUGGCUCCCCCCGACAGUACAUGGCCAGUGUCCAACCUGACGUGCAUUAUCACCAUAACCUUAGUGAUCAGAGCAAGAAACGUUUGAUGCAAGACACUGAAGAUUGGCAGCCAAAGACUGGCACUGCUCAGUCACGCUCCUUCUGCAUCCUUGCCCAGAUGACUGGCACUGAGCAUAUGGGUGAGACAACUCCAGCAAAUGAGACUAACAAGAAGGCGAGUGGCGAUGCUGUGGAUGUUCCUCAGCCCAUUGGCCCCGCUACUGCAUCUGUCAAGCCCAUGUCUAAGAUGCCUGGUGGGGUCUGUCACACCCCACCCACUGCUGCUGUAUCCAGCCCAACCUUCAAGCCUCGUGGAGUUGCUGAACCUACCAAACCAACAGGCUGGCAAGCUACCAACUCAGCAGCCAACAGCUCCCCCAAGACCGUACUCCCCACUGCCCAGGUAUCACCGGCAGGUCCAUCUGGCUGGGGUUCCAACUCGAAGGCAGCCAGCGUCGUGAUAAGCGAGCCAGAGCCGCAGGAUGAUAACACACUGGUUCAGAUGGCCGAGCAUAUCCCAGCUGGCAACAGGACGCCCAUGUGUGCUCACUGCAAUUCCAUAAUCAGAGGUCCUUUCCUUGUGGCAAUGGGUCGUUCCUGGCACCCUGAAGAGUUUACAUGUGCCUAUUGUAGUCUAUCCCUUGCCCACAUUGGCUUUGUGGAAGAGAAAGGGUCUGUGUAUUGUGAGAAGUGCUACGAGCAAUUCUUUGCCCCUGAAUGUGCCCGAUGCCAGAGGAAGAUCCUGGGGGAAAUUAUUAAUGCCUUGAAGCAGACUUGGCAUGUUAACUGCUUUGUGUGCGUGGCUUGCAAGCAACCUAUUCGCAACAAUAUUUUCCAUAUGGAGGAUGGUGAUCCUUACUGUGAAAAAGAUUAUUAUAAUUUAUUUGGCACUACUUGCCAUGGUUGUGACUUCCCUAUAGAGGCUGGAGAUAAAUUCCUUCAAGCACUGGGCCACACUUGGCAUGAUACCUGCUUUGUCUGUGCAGUGUGUUGUACGAAUUUGGAAGGCCAAACCUUCUUCUCAAAGAAAGACAAGCUCCUAUGCAAGAAGCAUGCUCACACAGUGAACAUGUAAAACUCAUCAAUGAGCUGUGAGAAAGAUGAUGAUCGAAGAUAACAUUUGGAGGGAUGGAAUAGAAAUGAAUAUUUUGCUUUUUUUUCUUUGUUGCUGUGAAAGACAUCCAAACCAUAACUUAGUCACUGGGGUUUGAAGGGGGAAGGGGUUGGUGUGAGGUGUUUGAAUCUAUUUUGGUUUUGGGCUCUUUUUAGAUCUUUAAUUCCAAAUACAUGGGUCGUUGGUAGCCAGUGUCAUGGCUGCAUUUCACUGGCUGAAGAACUGCAUUCAAAUAGCUAUCUUGAAUCUUUUAAUGACCUGUUGCAUAACAUUUAUUUAGGUAUGCCUUCAAACAUAGAUCCUGCCUUUUUCUUCCAAACUUUGCAUAAAUGAUCCCUGUUGCUGUAAAGGCUUUAUGUAAUAGUGUAGACAUUCAGUUAAAAUGAUCAUAAUAAGUGUUUACUAGGACACUUUUCCAAACUUAUUAUCAGCCUAAUUUGUUUAGAAUCACAUUAAGUCACUGUCUAUUUUGAAAUAUUGCCAUUUCUGGAUUCAGAAUUAACUUGGUCCCUUUUGUGCAUUGAAGAGCAUUUCCACAAUUAAGCUCCUUACAACCAUCAACUUAUUUGGGAAGAAAUUAAUUCAUGAGACAGCAAACAUUGCCUAUGGAUUUGUGAAUAAGUUGGCUGGAAUUUGACGGAUGCCUGUGAAGGGAAAUAGUGUUUUAUUUACGCAAAGGUGAUGGACUGGUCAGUCUUGUUGAUGUUGAUCUCGGUUGGAAUAUGCAUAGUGUAAGAGACAUGUACCAGCAGCUUCAAGGAUUUCAAAUCAUUGUGAUGUGUUUCUUGUGAAACAUCUUUAACCACUGUUUAAUGGUUAAAUUAAAUGCCACCCUAUUGUGAAAAUCAUGGUUGAAGUUGGGAAUAACGAAGCCACCAAGCUCUGGGAAUCCUGGAAUUGUCCAAUUUUAUUAAACUAGAAGAGUGUGGUGUGAAAUUUAAUGCUACAAAUUAACUGGUAAUUACUUUCCUGGAUCUGCUGGGCUAUGUUUAAAGUUAGUGUAGUGUGUCUUAAAUUUGCAUCUCAUCUGACUGGCAGACUAACUGGGGACUGGUGAAGCGGCAUUCUGAUGGUGUUGAAAUCAAUUUUGAGAACCAGAACAGGAAGGACUUUGGGUGGUAGGAAAUCUCUCACUGUCACAAUGUAGAGAAGGGGGGAUUCUAGACUUCAUAAGCGUCCUUUGCCAUUUAUUAUGACUGGACAGCUGAAUGGUGAUCUGACCACAAGGUCAAUUUGGAUCAGGCACCUUUGUGGAGAACCAGGAAUUAUCUCAAGUUGAGCUUUUUUUUGUUAAAAGGAAAGUAAGGAUCUACCAACUUCAUCUCUGCAAUGUACCGCAACCCAUGGUAUGAACAAAGGAGUUACUUGUUACAGGGUACUGGAGCUUGGUUUUUAACUGCCUAACUCAUAUUGCAUUAUUUAUAUUGUCUGAAGCUGUUUAGAUAGGGGGAUUUAUAAUGCAUCUUGAGAUGAUCAAGUGUUUAUAGCUAGAUUAUUCCUGCUCCCCCUUCUUACAUUAUUGAUCAAAGAGAUUGGGAGGGGUGGUUGAUCUAACUAGUGUGAUGGUCAUCAGUGUUUGUGGAUUUCCACCUGUUUAAUUGUGCCAAGCCUUGGGUUAAUGAAUGGGUGGUUUUACUUCUUGUACCCUGAUAUAAAGUUAAAUGGUCCUGUUGUACUGGUCUAAUGCUGUGUACAUGAAUGAGUGUGCAGGACUGGUGAGGGGAGUGCAGGUGUUGGAGAGGAAUUUCACAUGCAUUCCUUUGACCCUCAGCCAAUACUUGGCUUUGCAAGCCUAUAAAGGAGUUGCAAUGCCAUUGUACCGAAUGAACUUAAAGUCAAAGAGCUGAGAAAUGUGUCAGGUCUAUGAAAGCGUGAAAGCCCAAGACAAUUUGUGUAUAAAGAACAUUUCUUGUUGACAGAAAGUUUCACAGUUGCCCUCGGGAGUUAAAGUAUUUGCUGCUCUCCCGUUCCAUGUGUAAUAGGGCAAGAUAUCCUGGGUGGCAAGGGGAGAGCUGUACCUAUUUGUUAAUUUAGUGUGAGACCAUCAUUCUUACUUCAGUAUGUUCCAUGUUUUAAGUUAACAUAUAGCUCAUGUGUUUAGGUCAGUUAAAAGUUUCACCUGUCAAAGCUAGUCUCACAAGCAAAGGUGCGCAUCAUUUUAGUGUGAUAAUGUUCAUAGACAAACAUAGCUUCUCAUAUGUUUUAUCUUUUAAGAUAGGAUCCACAGAUUAAAUUUUCUUUAGACAGUUCAUAGCACGAUCAUUAGUUUUGUAAACUCAAGAACAGGGAGCAGUCCCAUUACAAUCCAUUAUAAUUGGAUUAAAGGGCAAAUUGGCCAGAAAAUUCAUUUGUUUGGCCCACUCUGACUGCUUUUAUGCAAUAGAAUAACACACAUCUGGCCUUGUCUGUGGUCUCUGGGAUGUAUCUUUCAUAAGAAUGUACAAUUAGGUAAUGUGAUAACCAAGCAGCCCGAUUACCUACAGAAAAGAACUAAAGGGCUAAGUUUAAAACCAUCUAACACUUUGAUACAGUAUUACAUUUGUCUAUAGUUCUUAGGGUGAGAGGUCUUAUGUGGUAUCUUCAGAUGGACGAGUCUGUUGUGUGCUGGAGGUGAGUCACAGGCGAAGUAGUCAACAACGCAAGAUGAUCAUCCAAUAUUGAGUUUCUCCAUCAUUUCAAGUGACAAUGUGCCACUAUAAUAACUAAAUGCAAUGUUGCUAAUUCCUCUCAUUCUCAACUGUUGGACCUUUUGUUUCUUAAGGAUGAACUGAAAUUCUCAAAAUUGUGCUGAGCUUUUGCAGAAGUAAUUGUCACUCAGGCAAUUUUUUUUGAUUUUUAAAGGUUGAAAUGUAUUUUCUUGACUAUAUUGAAAUAUGGUGCCAGGUGUGGAAGCGAAUAAAAGUGGGUUGUUCCUGUUUACGCACGCUGAGGAUCUGAAUGAAUGUGUGUCAAUUAUCUAUCUGCAUCAGUUCCCUUUAAUGCUACAGGUGCUUGUCUACAAAAGAGAGAGGAAUCAAAGAGUAUACACCUGGCAUGAAUUGCAUGAGAGAAAAAUGUAGUCAUUGUUGAAAAAUUAACUUGUGAUUUUAAAAAAACAAGCUUUUUCUGUCAGCACAUUUUAAGAGUAAGUUAGAAUGAGAGCAUCCUGUGCCAAAAUACAUGCUUACUCUCAUUCACCUAAAAGCCAUAGUAAAGGAGGAUCCAGAGUUGUGUCGGAAGGAAGAUGUGGAGAGUUGAUAUUUUGACAUGUGUUUAGCUCUUCAUUUCUACCCUCCCCACCCGACUCUAUCACUAGCCCCAUACAUUUGUUAUGUAAUUCAUAACAGAUGUUACUAUGGUCAAAACUCACUCGACACCAGGUUAUAGUCCAACAGGUUUAUUUGAAAUCACAAGCUUUCGAAGCGCUGCUCCUUUGCCUGAUGAAGGGGCAGCGGUCUGAAAGCUUGCAAUUUCAAAUAAACUUUUUGGACUAUAACCCUGGUGUCAUGUGAUUUUUGACCUUGUCCACCCCAGUCCAACACUAGCACCUCCACAUCACUGAUGUUACUAUAGCAAUUAACUUGACUUGCCAUCAGUUCAUUUCAGCCUGCUCUCUGCAACACAUAUUUGUCUGUGAACUAAUUUGGAUUUGUGCAGUACCAAGUGCACUUCGAGGAAAUGCUUAACAUUUUGUGCUGAAUCUCAGUCGCUUGUUUGAACGGGUACAUUGUGGUUAUGUGUUGACUUAUUUAGCAAACAAACCAAAGCCUUUUUAAUAUUACCCGAAACAGGAUGAUGUGAGCGUUCACCCUCUCAUCGUUCUGGAGCAGAUUGUAUGAAAUAUUCUUGACGUACUUGAGAAACAUUUCAGAUGGUCAAUCUACCUGUGUUUGCUCCACUUCCAACUGGAUUUAGAAUUGAUUUUCAAAAGGCCUUGAGAUGUUGAAAGCUGAAAAUUAAAAUCACUGAAACAACAUAAGGAAAUCUACCUGGAUUUAAAAUAUUUUAAAGAGUUGUAUGAGAGUUUGCUUUUAUAUUUAUGCAUGCCUCAUUUAUGAAUAUAUGCAAUGAGAAUACUUUUGAACUGAAAUGCUUAAUUGCCAAUGUGCUUCCACUCAAUCACUAGUUUGACUGUAUCAGAAGUAUAAUAACAUGAUUUGCUUCCCUAUAUGCACAUUAAUAAAUUUUUAUUUCACAUUCUUUA